ACUCAUACGACGAUGACUGCAGGCAUUGAAAUAUUGAAUAACGUAGCUCCUCAACAUAAAGCUAUUCUCAGCGACGACGCAUUAGAAUUCGUCGCAAAGAUACAUCGUACUUUUAACAAAACCAGAAAGCACCUCCUUCAAGAACGUCAACAACGUCAGAAGGACCUCGAUGAAGGAAGAAUUCGCUUGAAUUUCCGUCCAGAAACCCAGCACAUCCGUCAGAAUAAAUCUUGGAUCUGUGCACCACCAGCACCUGGUUUGAGAGAUCGUAGAGUUGAGAUUACUGGUCCUACAGAGCGUAAAAUGGUCAUAAAUGCACUUAACUCUGGUUCCAAGACUUUCAUGGCUGAUUUUGAAGACUCAAACUCACCAACCUGGCACAAUAUGGUCGACGGUCAACUCAACCUCCAUGACGCAAUUCGUAGGCAAAUCGAUUUCACCGACGAAAAGUCUGGAAAGUCCUACAAAUUGUCGCCAAAUCCAGCUGUUUUGAUUGUCAGACCUCGCGGGUGGCACCUCGACGAGACUAGAGUUUUAAUCGACGGUGAGCCUGUCUCUGGUGGUUUGUUCGACUUUGCUUUAUACUUCUACCACAACGCAAAGGAGUAUAUUAACAGAGGCUUCGGUCCUUACUUCUAUCUACCAAAAAUGGAAUCGUAUCUUGAAGCUCGUCUCUGGAAUGACGUUUUCAACUUCGCACAAGACAGCCUUGACAUUCCUAGAGGUACUAUAAGAGGUACUGUCCUUAUCGAAACAAUCUUCGCUGUCUUUGAAAUGGAUGAGAUUCUCUACGAGUUAAGAAACCACUCCUCCGGUUUAAACUGUGGUAGAUGGGAUUAUAUUUUCUCUUUCAUUAAAGCCCAACGUGCAAACAAGUCAUCGGUAUUGCCCAACAGAUCAGAUGUUACGAUGUCAGUACCGUUCAUGGAUGCCUACGUCAGAUUACUCAUCCAAACAUGUCAUGGACGUCAAGUUGCUGCAAUGGGUGGUAUGUCGGCUCAAAUUCCAAUCAAGAAUGACACUAAAGCUAAUGAUGCCGCAAUGUCAAAGGUUAAGAAUGAUAAACUAAGAGAAGUUACCGCUGGUCACGAUGGCACUUGGGUUGCUCAUCCAGCUUUAGUCAAAAUCGCAUUGGAUAUCUUCAACGACAAGAUGUUGGGCCCUAACCAAUAUCACAUACGCCGCGAAGAAGUUCAAGUGUCAGCUGCUGAUUUAUUAAAUACAAACGUUCCAGGCGAAAUAACCGACGCUGGUGUACAUGAAAACGCAUCAGCUGCCUUAGCUUAUUGCUCAGCUUGGAUCUCAGGUAAUGGUUGCGUACCAAUCAACAAUCUGAUGGAGGAUGCAGCAACUGCCGAAAUUGCUAGAGUCCAACUCUGGUCUUGGGCUAAAUAUUCAGCUAAGACAAAUUCGGGUAAAGUUGUGAGCGCAGCUUUUGUUGAUCAAGUUCUUAAAGAAGAGGGCAAACACAUUAAGGGCGCAAGUGAAACAAAUGUCAACAAAUCAAUUGAAUACCUUUCAAACCAAGUUAACUCCAAAUGGCCAUCUGAUUUCUUAACAUCAGACCUUAUUAGCCUACUCGACUCUGGCCGUAAAUCUGCUCUUUGAUUAUAAUUUAACGAAAUGUAACGAUCAUAUGUAAUAUGUACUUGUGACGAC